AUGGUUUACUAUUCCUCACGCUUCACCCCCCAGAACGAACACUACAAUGAUUACCGACCGCAGACUACCCAAGAAUCUGGCUACUCUCCUUCAAAUCUGUUUCCACCACCAACGCCAAACACCUCUUCCCGUGAUCCACAACACGAUACCCGUAGAACUUACCCACCCCAGCCCCAGAGGCGAAUCCAGCGCUCCUAUUCGCCUCUUCCAAAACCGCCAAUAGGACCAACCCAAGACUCACGUGCGCCUUCACCAACACCUCCAAGACCGCCUCCUCGUGCCCAGACAUAUCCGUCCGUUAAUCUGCAUGCUCGUGGAAAUAGCACCUUUCACGGCUCAGAAGGCAAAAAAUCACAAGGGAAUCCCGAACAGGAAGAUCGGGCAAGAUCUUCCAGAAGGGGAGUUCAAUAUGAAGAGAUAAAGAAAGAUGGAGAGCGAAGGAAGAAACCUGAAGAGAAGAGAAGAGAGCGUGAGACCAGAGAUCAACGUAAAUACAACUCCGAGAAAGAAAAAUUGAAUUAUCGAAAACGAGUGGAGAGAGAUCGUAAUCGACCGGUUGAUAGACCAGAGGUUAGACCUAGUAGGAGAUCAAGAGAAGGAAGUUCACUGGGAGGGGCAGAGGGUUCGAGAUUCGCGUGGUUAGUUGCUUGUGGGAUAUGCAUAGCUUGGUAA